AUGACCCAACAGCCGUGCUGGUCGAGGGCAUGUCCUCGUCCAGCGGGAAGCCCGGAACCUGUGUCGGGUAAACUGAGAACCCUAAGCCACCCGGGGUCCUCCCCGCCCAUCUACUGGUACGAGCGCCUCAAGGCCGAGUACACGGGGCAGCAUGCGGGCGAGACACUCCCCGCGGGGUGUGACCCUGCUCGCAUGGCCAGAGCCGUCCCGACUCUGAACGAGACUGAGUCGGUCGAGACCCUCGAGGAACCCCUCGAAACCCAGAGAGAUGACUACACUAUUGAACAGAGGAUGCUUGCGCGCGUGCGCGAACUUACCCAAGGCCACGAAGCAUGCGAGAUGGAGCAGGGCAAGUGGGCGUACCAGACCUGCAAGCGUGCUGGCUGGUCGCCCUUUGCGGAGGUGCGUGCCGUGACGCUGCCAUACGAUGACCCGAACGAGGCCUGCGAGAGUUUCCGAGCCUACGUGCCAGAGUACUUUUGGAUCUGCGUGUGCACAAUGGUCAACGAUCUUCUCCCCCCAUAUGCCUGGCAUUUCUAUCCCAGGCUCCGUCGUCCAGCUGCUGCUCGCCCCCUCGUCCCCAAGGCCCGUGGCAUGGCCUGGCUCCUUCCGGACUGGGGCUUCCGUUUCUGCGGCAAGCGGUAUACGCUCAACCCGGGCCCUUGGACGAGCAAGGAGCAGCGUUUCGCGACCAUCAUCUUCACGGGCGCCUCUAGUAUCGGUAACUCCACCGGGUUCCUUGUGCUACCGCUGAAUAGGACGCUUAUCUACCAGGAUAGCAAGCGCGAGACGAUCACGCCUGAUAACUCCCACCUCGCUACCGUAACGGGCUCGUACGGCGGCAUGGGGUUCAACCCCCUCUCGAGCUGGGACCCCAACGUGUCGGGCGUCCAGACCAUGAAUUCGCCCUUCUUCGCGGAGCUGCAGCAAUACCUCAUUCGCGUCCUCUCGGUCCUUGUCAUCCUCAUCAUGUACUACAGCAACGUGCUCGACGACAUGCAGAGCAUCGACGAGGGCGGGUACCUCGAGUACGGCCUGCCCUACUAA